CAAUAAGAAAAAAGAAAAAGAAAAAGAAAAAAAAAAAAAACGCAGAAAACCGAAAUUGGCAGAGUCAAAUCCACCUCCUCCGCCUUAAUUCAUCCAUCUCUGGAUCCUCAAAUCUCAUCUCCGUUAUAAAUUUUCACUCCCGCCAUGGCCGCGUCUCCGUCGCCGUCGGCGGUUGCCACCAACAUCAUGCUCGCAAUCUUCGAGAAGAAGACAACUUCCAUCGACCUUUACCGCCCUCUUCGCAACUACGUCGCCUUCACAUACUCCGAGCGCGAAGCAAUCAACCUCGAAGACGACCUCAACAGUCUCAAGCAACUCCGCUCUGACAUAGAGCGCGUCCCCGAUCCCUUUCCCACCGUCCGCCGUGACCUAUUUAUCUCCUAUUUCAAAGCCCUUUGCCUCGUUGAAACUCGCUUCCCUAUCUCCCCGAACGAAGACCACAUCAAUACACUUCAGUUCACGUGGUUCGAUGCUUUCAAGCAGAAACAUAAAGCGGUUCAGCAUAACAUACAUUUGGAGAAAGCAGCUGUUCUUUUUAAUCUUGGAGCUGUGUACAGUCAGAUUGGGCUGUCGUAUGAUAGGGCCACGGUGGACGGCAGGCGGCAGGCUUCCCACGCGUUCAUUGCGGCAGCUGGAUCGUUCGCGUUUUUGCGGGAUAAUGCGUCCACCAAGGCAUCUAUGGGGAGUAGUGCAACAGUCGAUUUGUCUGUAGAGUGUGCGGGGAUGUUGGAGAGGUUGAUGCUAGCGCAGGCUCAGGAGUGUGUCUUUGAGAAUACUAUCGCUAAAGGAAGCACUCCAGGAGUUUGUGCCAAGAUUUCUAGGCAGGUUGGACUUUACUACGAGGAAGCUUUGGCUGCAUUGGUUGUUGCACCCUUGAAGGAUCAUUUUGACAAAGCCUGGAUCUCACAUGUGCAGCUUAAGGCAGCUCUGUUCUAUGCAGAGGCUUGCUAUAGGUGUGGUAUGGAGCUUCAUGAGAAAGAAGAGAUUGCAGAAGAAAUAGCACGCCUGAGGAGUGGGGUUAAUGCUUUAGCUGAGGUGAAAAAGUCAUCAUCAAAAGGGGCUGCUGCUCAGCUCCUGGAUGCAAUUAAUAAGUUAGAAGUCAAUCUUAAUCGUAACCUUGAGAGGGCUGUGAAAGAAAAUGAUAGAGUUUACCUCAUGAGGGUCCCUCCUCCUAGUUCCUUGUCACCUCUCCCAGCAUUUUCAAUGGUAAAGCCUAUGCAGAUGAAUGAAGUUUUGGAUGCUAGCAAGGAGAAGAUGUUUGCAAGUCUUGUUCCUGACAGCAGUGCAAAGGCCCUUUCCAGGUACACUGAAAUGGUUGAUGAUGUCAUCAGGACACAAGCAGAGAAAUUGCAGCAAGGAAGUGAGGUAACCAGAGUGAGGCUCAAGGAAAUGGACCUUCCAGAUUCUAUUCUUGCCUUGGAGGGACAUUUCACCCUCCCUGCAGAUCUUAAAGAAGAUGUGGAAGCUGUGCAAAUUAGUGGAGGCCCUGCCGGUUUGGAAGCUGAGUUACAGCAGCUUAGGGAUCUCAGAAGGGUGAACAAUGAAUUGCUUGUCCAGACUGAGGAGCUUUUGCAAAAAGAAGCUACAGAAGAUGCUCAGUUUAGAAGUCAGUUUGGAACACGGUGGACUAGACCUCAGUCCAGCACUCUGACAAAGAAUUUGCAGGAUAGGUUGAAUCGGUUUGCAGCUAACUUAAAGCAAGCUGCAGAUAGUGAUGCCUGCAUUGAGCGUUCGGUGAGGGAUCAUUCUGCUCUGAUGUCAAUCCUAGACCAUCGUCCGAUUGAAUCGGCACUUCCCACUCUGUCUAGGCCAAUAAUUUCAUUGGAUGCCAAUGAAGAUGCUAUAGUAGGGGCCGUCAAACAAAGCCUGAGGCAAUUGGAGAUUCUUGGUGCUCAGAGGGCAGGUCUUGAAGACAUGCUUAAAGAGAUGAAAAGAAAGGAUGACAUACUACCAAAGCUGAUGACGUCCACUGGCUCCUAUGAGGAUCUUUUCAGGAAGGAGAUAGCAAAAUAUGAUCGCAUUUGCGAGGACAUUGCCCAAAAUAUUGAGGCACAGGAACAAUUAUUGUUGCAGAUUCAGGCUCAAAAUGGAGAGUUCUCUGCAAUCUUUAAUCUUGAAGAUUACAAAGCAUCUCGGGAGAAGUGUUUCAAGCAAAUUCAAGCUGCCAUAGCAAAGUACAGAGAAAUCAAGGGUAACAUUAAUGAGGGACUGAAGUUUUACAUUACACUUCAGGAUGCAAUCACAAAUGUCAAGCAGCAAUGCAGUGAUUUUAUAAUGACUCGAAACAUCCAGUGCAGAGAAAUGAUUGAAGAUGUACAGAGACAAAUGGCAGGUCUUAGUUUCCAGGAUCGUAAGAACACAGGUCCUUACCCUCCAGUCGGACAGCCUCAUCAUACUCCAAGAUCCCAACCACAGCCACAAACAGAACCUCAAAAUGCACCCUAUCCUCAUUCACAAACCCCCUAUUAUAGGCCUCCAGAGCAGCCAAUGCCUGGCUAUGGUCACCCUCCUCCAUAUGGUGCACCGCAACAACCACCACCAUACCAUGUGCCCCCUGUGACUAGUGCUCCUUAUGCUCCUCCACCAGUCCAACAACAGCCACUAGCAAGCCAUGAGUAUGGACAACCUGCUUAUCCUGGGUGGCAUGGCCCAUAUUACAAUGCCCCUGGACAGCAACCUGGAUCCUUUCCUCGACCUCCUUAUAGCAUUCCAUCUCCAUAUCCUCCUCACCAAAGUGGUUACUAUAAGCAAUGAUUGUGUAGUUAUUACAUUUUGGGCAUAUAAAAAUAUUGCUUGUGAUAGCCUUUUUUUCUUUAUUUUCCUCUCAAUGUGAAUUGCAGUAUUUUAAGGAUUUUUGUAUUUAUAGCUUAGCGGUACAUGUGUGCUGAGAUUUCUGCAAUAGGUACCUAUUCUAUUGAAAGAUUUUUUGUUCA